UCUCUCCAGGACCCUGAAUGGCAGGACGAGGACAGGCGUCUCACACAGUAACCUUUAGGGCACCUUGCGCAAAAAACAUAAUAUUUCAUAGGCUCUGAUCAUCACCCAGUCGUUCCUACGGCGGUUUUUGAGGCUACCGCGGAAAAAUAUUCGCCCCGUGCGUGCGUGCGUGCGUUAUGGAGCGGCGGCGGAGGGCAUCUCUGGCGCUCGCGCUCAACUUGGUGGCGCUGCUGCUGGCCGCGUGCGCGCUCGGCACGAGCCACUGGUGCGCGGGAAGCCGGAAAGUACUGAAGCCGUUCUGCACCGGACCGCUGCCUCUCACACACCGGCACUCACACUGCAUCCGGUACAACAGCUCGAGCGCCAACGACAGCCGCCAGGUGCAGUACGUCUGGGAAACCGGAGAGGACAAGUUUGUCCUGAGGAAGUUCCACAGCGGUAUAUGGCUGUCCUGCGAGCAGAACAUCGACCUGAAGGGUGAGUACUGCAGAAGUUUCAUAAAUAUUCCCCCUCCACACGAGAGAGGGGUCUUGUGGCUGUGCAUCGUUGCAGAAUGUCUGUACAUCCUGCUCCUGGCCACUGGUGGAAUCCUGAUGUCUAUUGAGGUCUGCCACUUUGGGAACGUCAUCGACGGACUCAAACUCAAUGCCUUUGCCGCAAUAUUCACCGUCUUGUCAGGUCUCCUUGGCAUGGUUGCACACAUGAUGUACACAACAGCCUUUCAACUCACUGUAAGUCUGGGACCUGAGGACUGGAAGCCCCAAAGCUGGGAUUACAGCUGGUCUUACAUGUUGGCCUGGGGUUCGUUUACAGCAUGCAUGGCGUCUUCAGUGACCACCAUCAACAGAUACACAAAGACUAUCCUGGAGUUCAAGCAUAAGCGGAGGAACAUGGAGAAGAACCUGAAAAUCAAGCAGCAGCUCUUAGAGCUGGAUUGCCCGGACCAGAUGUGGGACAUGUAUAUCAGCUCGGUGCCGAGCACAGCCGAGGAACUGCUGGAGUUGUCCAGUCCGAGCCGUAAGCUGUCCAACCAUGACAUGGGCGAUCAGCAGGGGGAGGAGUACUGCUGAGGCCUUGUUCAAUAAACUGCAGAAAUUCCAUUCUACCUGCUUGUGAAAGUGCUAUAUUGGUAGAUACAUUUGCAAAUGGCAUUGAAAGUCACAGUUUUAGCCUGCUAUCCCGCUGGCGGGAUGAUCUUCUUUAGAGCAUUACAUAUUCCCCCCAAAAAUCUGAAGAUUCUGUUUGUUUCCUGUAAAAUCUGUUAAAUUGUGAGGUAUUUGCAAACUUGACAACUAUUUGCCACUUCAUUUCGUCAAGCUGCUACAAAACCUGAUAUUCGAUC